GUCAGUCAGUCAAUUCAUUCUUACAUACAUAUAGAAUACCUAACAAGUUUGUAACUCUUGCUGACUGUGUUAGUAGAAUUUUACAAAAUUUUGUAUUAAAAUAACUGUAAUUACUCUUCUUUUGUAUUUCCGUGCAAAGGAGUUUGGUUGUACGAUGGAGUGGAGCGUGCCCGUAAACGAGAUGCUGCGAGAUGACAUCACCAAAAUCACCCACACGUUGGUUCCGCCUGGGUUCCACGGCGACGUUCGCCAAGUCAGGGUUGUGCAAGAGAGCCUGUCGCGGACCAUCGACGCGCUGGGCGAGCAGUCAGCGCAGGCGCAAGGUCUCAGUAAGGUGAUUACAACUGCAGAGAAACUGCGCAACGCUCCCACCCACACCCUGUAUUUGUUAAAGGAUCCUAAAGCCAAAGGGGGGCGCGGCGAGGCGAUCGGGCUGCUGAAGGUAGGGCGCAAGCACCUGUUCCUGUUCGACGAGCGCGACACGGUGCGCGAGGUGGAGCCCUUGUGCGUGCUCGACUUCUACGUGCGCGCAGACCGCCAGCGGCACGGCCACGGCCGCCGCCUCUUCGACCACAUGCUGCAGGAGGAGGGCGUGCGCGCGGAGCAGCUGGCGGUGGAUGGGCCCUCGGCCAAGAUGGAGCAGUUCCUGCGCAAGAACUACGGCGUGGAGCGGCUGCUGCGCCAGAACAACAACUUCGCUGUCGCGCCGCAGUUCUUCGCCACCAGCAACGAUGUCAGAAGUGAUUCCCGUCUAUCUGGCCUUACAACGCAAAGGAAAAACCAGGCCAAUUACAGCUUGUCGGGGCGCAGCACGCCGGCCGCCGCGCCCGCCGUGGGCCGCUUCGCCGCGCACAAGCCGCCCUCAGCCAUCGCCACGGUGAUCCACGGCGGCGGCGGGUACUUCCCGGAGGUGAGCGCGGGCACAGCCAGCAGCCGCCCGCGGCUCGAGCGCGCCAUGAACUCGCAUUGACGCUGCCGGCGCCGGCGCCUCGCCCGGACCCUUCACAUACACUAGUUGUAGUUUAUAUGUAACAUACUCACAUAGCUCAUAAGAAAUCAUUGUCUCUGUUUAGUAUCUCGCAUCAGUUAAUGCGCGGGGGCAUGUGUCAGCGUGAAAAUUUACAAGUUUAAGGAACGAAGGCAAAAUAGAAAAUGUAAUGGUAGGUAGGUGUGAGGACACAAAUAAAAAAGUUAGAAGGAAAGAGGAAAACUAUGGUGCUAAAAUGACUAUUGAUAGAAAGAGAAUAGUUAUUUGCUAUAAUUAAACAAUGUAGCAUUGCAAUUUUAAUGUUUACCUAUUUACACAAAUACCUAUAUUGAAAAUAUAUUGUGUGCUAUUCAUACAAGUACUUAUAUAAUGAUAAGUAGUACGUAAAUUGUGUAGUAGGCCGCAAGUAGCGGGCCGGCCCCCGCCGCCGCUUCACACGCGUACUUUAGCUACUAAAUUUUUAAUAAUCUAAAAUAAUUUAAUGAUGCACUGUGAUAGUAUUAUUUUUGUUAUAGAUUUUAAUUUUACUUACAAUUUGUUAAUUUAUUUUCUAUGUUUAGUUGUUGCUUCUUUUCACUGUGCCCAUGGAUAUAUGCGUGUAGUGAGAGUCGUGUGGGGCCCCGGGGCGCGCCCGCGCUGUGUGAAUGUUCUGCUCUUGAUGGUAAUAUGCCUACACCGCGAUACUCUCCCUCACUGCACCGUACGUGCCGCAUCCACCCACCGCGCCGCGUCACUACCACCGCUCAUCAGCACUGCCGUGGAACACGUCUUACUCAAGAUUUAAAAUCAAUAAAAUAUUUCUGUUUCUAAGUGCUUGUGAGUGGUGCGGUGUGCGCACGCGUGCGGGUCGCGAGGGAGCUAGCCGCGUAACAUAACACAUUCCAGUGUGAAUGUCGGCCGGUGCUGCCCCCGGGGUCUAUCCGGACAUGAUUGUGUUGACGAUGUUGAUGUCAACUUUUGGACCAAUAUUUUGUUAACUGUAACGGGAAAAUAUCUGAAUUAUCUCUUAUAAUUAUCUGCAGUUGUUUUUAUGAAGACCAAAGCAAUAAAAGAACUUAUCAAUAUUGGAUAGUAAGUUUAUUUAGUUUCUACAAA